GGGUUUACCGAGAGAGGCCGCAACAUGUGUAGAGAUGCGGUCUUUUGAAUUUUAAAGCUAGAAAAACAAAACUAGCUGCGUCAUAUCAUACGGUAUAUGGCAGACAUUUUUUUGUUUAUUUCGUAGGGGUUUCGCAAAGAUUUGGAGACCGAGAGAUAACUCAAGCAUGUUGCAUUUGCAGAGGUUGGGAUGAAAACGACGAUCGUCUUGUAGACAAGACUGAUGACAGCUGGCGUGACUGCUGACUGAGUUGAUCAUGGACACUGGUCAGCGGGACUCUCUUAAAGGCCGGGAUGAACUGUGCCUGUACUCCAUGUUGACUGGGGAAUAUAUAGAGAUACCGGAGUCUCACAGGUUAGGAAAGUGCCGUAGUGUCACCGAAUUCGAGAAGAUGAAUCGAGUAGGAGAGGGUACAUACGGAAUAGUUUAUCGAGCUCGGGAUACACAGUGUAAUGAGAUUGUAGCUCUGAAGAAGAUGAGGAUGGAGAAAGAGAAGGAUGGUAUCCCAAUCAGUGGGCUAAGGGAGAUCAAUAUUCUACUCAACCUGCGCCAUGAGAACAUUGUGGAAAUGAAGGAAGUGGUUGUGGGAAAGAGUUUGGAGAGUAUAUUUUUGGUGAUGGAGUACUGUGAGCAGGACCUGGCCUCACUACUGGACAACAUGGCAUCCCCAUUCUCUGAGGCUCAGGUAAAAUGCAUCAUGAUUCAGGUGUUUAAAGGACUGCGUUACCUGCACGAGAACUUCAUUGUUCACAGAGAUCUCAAAGUUUCUAAUCUACUUAUGACAGAUAAGGGAUGUGUUAAAAUAGCUGACUUUGGUCUGGCAAGGAAGUAUGGCGUACCUCAGUGUCCGAUGACACCCAUGGUGGUUACUCUCUGGUAUCGGGCCCCGGAAUUACUGUUAGGUGCUAAAACACAGACAACUGCCAUUGAUAUGUGGGCUGCAGGCUGUAUACUGGGUGAAUUGCUGGGCCACCAACCAUUGCUACCUGGCCGUUCAGAGAUACACCAGAUAGGACUAAUCGUGGACAUGUUUGGGACGCCUAAUGAGAGCAUCUGGCCGGGAUUUGAUGAUCUUCCAAUGCUGGAGCAGUGUACGCUAAAGUCACAACCGUACAACAAUCUGAGGCACACCUAUCCAUGGCUCUCAGAGGCUGGUGUCCGACUGCUCAACUUCCUCUUCAUGUAUGACCCAAAGAAACGGGCCACAGCUGAAGAUUGCUUGGAAAGUUCCUAUUUCAGUGAAAAUCCUCUCCCCUGCGAUCCAGAACUCAUGCCAUCUUUCCCACAACAUCGUUUGAAGAGGAAAGCAGCAGAGAACUCCAAAGAGGAGAGCAAACCCAAAUCAUCAGGCAAUCGCUCAUUUCAGGAUCUAAAUUUGGACACAACAUCAAGUUUUAUGACAAAGAGGAAGAAGUGAGCCAGUGAUGAAAGAAAAUCUGCCAAGCGGGUUGUAAAAGAUUGUGAAUUGAUAACCAACCCAAACAGCAACCAGUACACAUUGCGAUAAGGGUGCAGUGUUCAGAUGGACAGGCUUGUGCACAACUAAAUCAUGGAUUGGUGUAAGGGGGAAACCCCUUUUUUGAUGACAUCACCAGACAUGUGAGAGUAAUGGAUAGCUUCAUGUCGGGAGGACGCUUUAGGCUGUUAAGGGUACCUAGUGUGGUAUGGUCUAUGACAGGUUGAUGUGAACCGGUAGCAUUUGGCAGUCGACUGGAGUGUUUUGGGAUAUCCUUGAAGAAGUUGGCUCGCAGCUCUUUUGCUGUCAUUGACCUUUUGUUCACAACCUGUUUCGUCAAGGCGCCCUUGUUUGGCUUAACGCAGUAACAGUCUCUUCUGGGACUAUGUUAUUGCCGCUUUCAUGGAGACCCAGGUCUGAUCAUACCAAAGACUUAAAAAUUGUACUUCCCAGUUGCUUCCCAGUUGGGUGCUUUGUGGCACGUGUUUCUUCAUGACGUGUCCAGGUAUCAACGGAAAAGUGGGGCCACCAGGACUGUUUCUGGUACCAUGUUUCUUAUUGGUAACUAUCUUUCAAAAUGGACAAUGCGUAACAAAGGGAAAUUGUUUUGAACAGCACAGACAUCGCAAACUACAGAGAAAGCCUGUGUCAUGCUAUGUAUAUUGAUAAAAUUCUUUUGUUCUGUUAUAUGAUAGCAUAGCUAUCAUGACAUUUAAUGGUU